CACUGGUCAGGAAAAUGUGCAUUAGCGUUGGCAGAAUGUGUGAGCAUGGAGGAGGACGUGGGUGAUGCAAUGUGGAUUUAACUAUAUUUCCUAGGACAUACAGUAAAAAAAGAAGACGUGGAAAGACUACAAACUAAAAAAAUCUAUUCCACUGGAUGUGGACUUACAUUAUCCCAACUGACAACUGGAAAGCACAUGACAGACUGAAGAGGCAGAUGUGAGUCACCAGAUCCAUCAGUCAGGGACAGCCCCCGAGCUCUCUGAAGUCUGUCCCACCGUUCAUGCCAGCGGUGUGGGUGCCUCAGACCAGCUGGCCCCUGGUGAAGGGAUCCCUGUCUCUUCAGCCAGCCCCACUGUCCAGUGUGGAGACCCAAGGCCAUGUUCUCCUCUAACUUCCUGAGCGGGGGCAACCCUCUCAGUGCCGUCUCCUCGGCCGUCAACAAGUUCAGUCUGUUCGGGGAGGAUGGAGAUCCUGAGCAGAACAAACAAAAACAGCAGCAGCAGGCCAACCCUCAGCAAAAGCCCCCAAUCCAGCAGGGGAAUGGCCAGCCUGCAUCACAGAUAAAGGGUGGCCCAAAACCAGGGGGGCAGCUACCCCAGGGCUCGCCCAAGACUGGACCCCAGUCACAGCAGGGGCCCAGUAGGGGAGGACCUCAGCAGCAGUCAGCCUCCGGGAAGCCUGGGACUCAACAGCAGCCAGGAGGCCCGGGGCCUGGGGCUCGUGCCCCAGGGGCAGCCCAGGGAGGACCCUCAUCGCAGGGGCCUGCCAAAACUGCAGCCCAGGGAGGACCCCCAUCACAGGGACCUGCCAAGGCUGCAGCCCAGGGAGGACCCCCAUCACAGGGAGCUGCCAAAGCUGCAGCCCAGGCUAAAAGUGGGCCCGGGCCAGGGGGUAAAUCACUGUGCCCCAUAUGCAAGAACACGGAACUUAAUGUCCAAUCCAAGGAGCCUCCAAACUAUAAAAACUGUACACAGUGCAAGAGCCAGGUCUGCAGCCUGUGUGGAUUCAGUCCCCCCGACUCAGCGGGGAAGGAGUGGCUCUGCCUGAACUGCCAGAUGCAGAGAGCUCUUGGAGGUGCUGAGCCUCCAGGUCCUCCUAUGAAGAAAGCCCAGCCCCAGGCCAACAAACCCCCAACAGCCUCACAUCCACCAUCGGCUGCCCCACAAAAGACAGAUAUUCCAGGAUCUCCUGAGAGAAAACAGGCCACGGUGAAUGCUGCCCCGCCCAAGCAAACCCAGGAAUCUGCAAAACCUCAACAACAGAUGCCAAAGGGUGGACCCUCCCCUGCCAAAUCUGCACCACUUCAACAGCAGCCACAACCACCAAAGCAGGAGUCUGGCUUGUUUGGCUUUGGCUUUGGUGGUCUGACUGACACUGCUAGGUCCAGAUCCCCCUCACCUCAGCCUGCUGGGAAGGUUAUGGGCUUUGGCUCUUCCUUCUUCAGUUCAGCAUCAAAUCUGAUCACCUCUGCUGUUCAGGAUGAGACAUCUCCUACACCACCCACAGCCCGUAAGGAGUCUGUGUCAGCUCAGGCUCCUGCAAAGGCUCUAUCAGCUGCGGGGACUAAAGCCCCUGCACAGAAACCAGAAGCAAAGAAAGCAGAGCCUCCACAGCAGCCCAAGGCUACAACAACUCCAGGCAAAAAGGAUGUACCCCCAUCGGGACCUCAGAAAAAGGAAGGACCCUCGCAGCCUCCCUCCAAAGCAGCUCCAUCCUCCUGUCCUCUGUGCAAGGUGCAGCUCAAUAAGGGCUCCAAGGAUCCUCCUAACUACAACACCUGCACUGAAUGCAAAAGCACUGUAUGCAACCAGUGUGGAUUCAAUCCCAUGCCACAUGUGAAAGAGGUACAGGAAUGGCUUUGCUUGAAUUGCCAGACACAGUGGGCUCUUGGAGGUAUGGAACCUCCAGGCCCUCCUAUGCUGAAGCCUCAGGGUAACAAAGUACUGGCACCUUCUCAACCAACUGGCAAGGAUGCACCUGUACCAGACUCUACACAGAAGAUGGCGUUACCUCCAGCAGGGGCCCAAGAGAAAGACAAAAAAGUAGAGAAAUUGCCCGCUGCUGAAAGCAAAGCUCCUACUCAGCAAGGGUCUGGGAAACCUGCACAGCCAGCUGUGAAAGCUGAGGCUUCUCCAGCUAAAUCGCCGGUACCAAUGCCACAGGCUGAGCCACCCAAGCAGGAUUCUGGCUUGUUUGGCUUUGGCUUAGGUGGUCUGACCGACACUUCUAGAUCCAGAUCUCCCUCACCACAACCUGGCGAGUCAGUGUCUGGGAAAGUUAUGGGCUUUGGCUCUUCCUUCUUCAGUUCAGCAUCAAAUCUGAUCACAUCUGCUGUUCAGGAUGAGCCAACUCCUCCCACAGCCCGUAAGGAGUCUGUGUCAGCUCACGGUCCUGCAAAGGCUCCACCAUCUGCGGAGACUAAACCAGCUGCUGCAGCACAGAAACCGGAGAUGGAGGAGAAGAAACUACAAAAUAAGAAGCCUGAGGAGAAGAGGCCACAGGGUGCCCCUCAGGCUAAGGUGACAACUGAGCCACAGACAAAAGAAUCUCAGCAAAGUUCUGUGGGUUCAUCUUGUCCACUCUGUAAAGUUCCUCUGAAUAUAGGGUCUAAGGAUCCUCCGAACUUCAACUCUUGCACUCAGUGCAAGGCUACUGUAUGCAAUCUAUGUGGAUUUAAUCCCACACCCCAUCUGACAGAGGCCAAGGAAUGGCUUUGCCUGAACUGCCAGAUGAAACAAGCUCCAGGACCUCCGGUGAUGUCACCGCAGCCACAUACCAAUAAAACCCCAACAGCAUCACAGCCCCAAACUAAAAUGCCAUCCUCUCCUCAGAAGAAAGAAGAAGCCAAACCACCAGAGCCCACCCAGCAGCCCCAACAGCAAAAACCUACCCAAAAAGAAGACCCUGGUAAACAGCAAAUGCCAAAAGGUGCAACAUCUCCAGCCAAAACUGCUCCACAACCAGAGGCUAAACCACCUAAGCAGGAGAGUAGCUUGUUUGGGUUUGGGUUGGGUGGCAUCACAGACACAGUUAGGUCGAGAUCUCCUUCUCCUCAACCUGCUGAGUUUGUGUCUGGGAAGGUUAUGGGCUUUGGCUCUUCCCUGUUCAGUUCAGCAUCAAAUCUGAUCACGUCUGCUGUUCAGGAUGAGCCAUCUCCUACACCACCUACAACCCGUAAAGAGUCUUUGUCAGCCCAGGGCCCUGCAAAGGCUCCACCAGCUGCAGCAGCACAGAAAACAGAAGAGAAGAAGCCUGUGGCACCCCCUCAGGUCACUGCACUGUCAGCUACAGAGACCAAACCACCUGCUGCACAGAAACAAGACAAGAAACCAGAGGACAAGAAACCAGAGGACAAGAAGUCAGAGGACAAGAAGCCAGAGGUAGCUGCACAGGCUAAAGCACCAUCAGCUCUAGUUAAAAAGGAGGAACCUCCAGCCAAGGCUCAAGAGACUCAACCUGGUCCAUCAAUGGGAAAAUCAUCCUGCCCGCUCUGCAAAGUAGACCUCAACAUUGGCUCCAAGGACCCGCCCAACUAUAACACCUGCACCGAAUGUAAAACUGUUGUGUGCAACCUUUGUGGAUUCAAUCCUAUGCCUCAUCUCACUGAGGUUAAAGAAUGGUUGUGUUUGAACUGCCAAACUCAACGAGCCCUUCGUGGAGUAGAACCUCCAGCUGCACCACAGGAGAAGAGACCACAGGACAAACCAUCAGUAACUGCUACCACUAAAACCCAAGACCCAGGGAAACCUCAACAAAAGAUUCCAGAAGGACCUCCUCCUGCUAAGCCCGCACCACUGCAAGAAGCAGAGCAACAAAAGCAAGAGGGUGGCUUAUUUGGAUUUGGAUUUGGAGGAGCAAAAGACAAAGCUCGGUCUCGUUCGCCAUCACCUCAACCUGCAGAAUCUGUCUCAGGGAAGGUCUUUGGGUUUGGCUCCUCCUUCCUCAGCUCAGCCUCAAAUUUGAUCACCUCUGCAGUUCAAGAUGAGACCCCUGUACAGCCCCCCUCCCGAAAGGGCUCCAUACAAGCCCAAUCCCCUUCCCAACCAGCUUCCCGAAAGGGAUCUGUCCAAGCCCAACCGCCAUCCCAACCAGCUUCCAGAAAGGGUUCUAUCCAGGCUCAACCGCCAUCCCAGUCCCCCUCCCGUAAGGGCUCUGUCCAAGCCCAACCUCCUGCAACUGAUGCCAAGCCAUCAGCCACAGCUGGUCAGAAGCCUGUGGAAAAGAAACCGGAAGCAAUCAAAACAGAGGAGCCUGCAAAAACCAAGGCACCAUUGACACUGCCUAAAACAGAUCCUGUUCCCAAAGCAGUUCAGUCCUGUCCUCUGUGCAAGGUGGAUCUUAACAUGGGCUCAAAGGAUCCUCCAAACUAUAACACCUGCACAGAAUGCAAGAAUACAGUUUGCAAUCUGUGUGGCUUUAAUCCGAUGCCACAUCUCACAGAGGUCAAGGAUUGGCUUUGCUUGACAUGCCAGAUGCAGAGGGCAACUGCUGGCAUGGAACCACCAGAACCACCAAUGAUAAAACCUCCAUCACAGCCUACUAAGGCCCCAGCAAUGCCACUCCAAAAGGAGACACCUGUUACUCCUGCACCACAGCCAGCAGAACCUGCAGCUCCAGGGUCACCUAAAGUCAAGAUUGCUCCUGUUGCAGCUUCUCCCAAAACAGCAGAGGCCCCAGCACCUGCCUCACCCCAAAAAGCGGCUAUACCACCAGCCUCACCUAAAGUCAAACAAGCUCCAACGCCUGGGUCACCAAAAGUUAAGGAAGAACCAGUGCCACCCUCACCGAAAAAGAAAGAAGUUCCAACUCCAUUGUCACCACUAAAGAAAGAUGUGGUGGAAGCAGGAUCUGCACAAAGACGUCAGUCAAUACCAGGUGUUUCAACACCUCCCCUUAGAAGGGAAGCUAGUGAAAGUGGCUCUCAAAAUAGGAGACAGUCCUCACCAGCUGCAGCAGUAUUACCAGGAUCGCCUCUCGCACGUUCUCCUAAUAGACAACCAUCAUCUCCAGUUGUUACAUCUCCAGGAUCACCUCUGAGAAAAGCAAGCGUGGAUGCUGGUCAGACGCAGAGGAGGCUGUCCUCUGCUGGAGCAUCUCCAUCUCCAGGCUCACCUAUAAAGAAGGAGACUGUGUCAGAUAGCUCUCCACUUAGAAGACAGUCCUCUCCUGCCACAGGAACACCUCCAGGGUCACCCUCAGCAGGCCCUGAAAGCAGGAGGCAGUCAUCCCCUCUGGUGGCUCCCAGUCCAGUUUCACCAAAGAGCAAGCAGGCUCCAACACCAGGGUCUCCAAAGCUCAAAGAGGCUCCAGCACCAAUUUCAGACAAAAAGAAAGAAGCCCCUGCACCUGGGUCACCAUUGAAUAAGGAUGAAGUGGAUGUAGGUUCUCCAAACAGGAGGCAGUCCUCUCCUGCAGUACCUGCCACUCCAGAUUCAACUGCUGCGAAAGAAAAUGCUGCAACAGCAGCAGCACUUAGAAGACAGUCCUCACCAGCAGUAGCACGAGGACAAGUCCAGAAGCCUGCUUCACCCAAACUAACCGAACAACCAACCUCUACCGAAACCAAGCCAAGUGCCACCCCACCAAAGCAACCAGUAACCCAGCAGACACCUCCACAGAAGGGGCCUGCCACACAGCAGGCACCAAAAAUGGAAAAGGCAGCACAGGCACCUUCAGCUCCCAAACAGGAAUCUGGAUUCUUUAGCUUUGGAUUUGGAGGUAAAGCAACACCAAAAGAUCAGCCUCCAACAUCUCCAAAACCAACAGAGUCUGUGGCUGGGAAGAUGUUUGGCUUGGGUGGUCUCACAGAUACAGCUCGAUCUCGCUCUCCAUCACCACAACCUGCUGAGUCGGUGUCCGGGAAGGUUAUGGGCUUUGGCUCCUCCUUCUUCAGCUCGGCAUCCAAUCUCAUCACCUCUGCUGUUCAGGAUGAGCCAACUCCAACACCACCGGCUACCCGUAAGGAGUCUGUGUCAGCUCAGGCCUCCACUAAACUACCAGUGGGAGCAGAAACAAAGCCACCUGCUGCACCAAGUCAAGAAAAGGAGAAACCAGAAGUAGUUCAAGUGAAGGAACCACCAGCUCCCACUAAGAAGGAUGAAACACCAUCCAAGCCCUCAGAGGUACAAGUUGUACCAGCUGCAGCGAAAACAUCUUGCCCGCUCUGCAAGGUGGACCUUAACAGAGGCUCCAAGGAUCCUCCCAACUACAACUCAUGCACUGAAUGCAAGAAUAUUGUGUGCAACCAGUGUGGUUUUAACCCCAUGCCACAUGUAACUGAGGUUAAGGAGUGGCUCUGCCUGAACUGUCAGAUGCAACGAGCUCUUGGGGGUGUAGAACCACCUGGCCCACCGGUGAAGGCACCUCAGAAGCUGCCAAGCAAAGUUUCUGCUCCACCAUCACCACAGAAAAAGGAGAUCCCUCCCAGUGUGGAGCCUCCUCAAAGUCAGAAACCCACAGUUGUUGAGAAACCACCAGAUCAACUUCCUGCUGUGGCCCCUCAGCAAAAACCAGCUCCACAGCAAGAAGUUGGGAAACCACCACAGCAACCAUCCAAAGGGGCAGCCCCGCCACCUGCCAAGGCAGCUCCUCCUCCACAGACUGAACCUCCUAAACAGGAGUCUGGAUUCUUUGGCGGCUUUGGUUUUGGUGGAGCAAAAGACACCGCCAAAGCUCAGCCUACACCCCCAUCUAAGCCAGCAGAAUCUGCUACAGGAUUCUUUGGCUUUGGGAGUCGCACAGACACCGCUCAAGCUCGAUCUCCUUCACCUCAACCCGCUGAGUCAGUGUCCGGGAAGGUAAUGGGCUUUGGCUCCUCUUUCUUCAGUUCAGCAUCAAAUCUGAUCACGUCUACUGUUCAGGAUGAGACAUCUCCGACACCACCUACUGCCCGCAAGGAAUCUGUAUCAGCCCAGGGUCCUGCAAAGGCUCCACCAGCUGCGGACACUAAACCACCUGCUGCAGCACAGAAACCAGAGGAGAAGAAGCCUGAGGCUCCUCCAAAGGUCACUGCUCCAUCAGCUGCAGUUAAAAAGGAGGAACCUCCAGCAAAGCCCUCUGAAGCUCUAGCCUCCAAACAACCUGCUCCUCCUAAGUCAUCGUGCCCGCUCUGCAAAGUGGAUCUCAAUAUCGGCUCCAAGGAUACUCCCAACUACAACACCUGUACAGAGUGCAAGAACAUGGUGUGCAACCUUUGUGGAUUCAAUCCCAUGCCUCAUCUUGGCCAGAACGAGUGGCUCUGUUUGAACUGUCAGACCCAAAGGGCUCUCGCUGGACAGCUGGGUGACAUGGAAAAGAUGCCAGCACCAAAGCCACAGCCAGCUAAAGCAGAAAAGCAGCAGCCCGCAGCUCCUCCCAAAGUGCAGCCUGCAGUGCCCAAAGAGGCCAUGGUGCCCAUUGCAUCUCCAGCAGCCUCCAAACCUGCACCUCCUAAAGAGGAAGUAGUAUCCACUAAGGCUGGAGACCUUCCUGUUUCACCUGCUCCUGCUGCACCUACAACAUUGCCCACUGCAGCCAUUGUCUCUACCGAAACACCUGCAGUGCCACCUGCCUCAGCUGCUCCACCUGCAGGUUUUGCAGUACCACCCAAAGAGCAGGCUGAGGCUGUGGCACCACAGAAGAAGGAGGCAGAGAAGACAGUGGCACCUGCCCAGGCAGUCGAACCAGAGAAGGUUCUUGCUGUGCCAGCUCAAACUAACAUUCCCACUGCAGAGCUUAAACAAGCAGUGGCUGUUCCACAGGUUGAACAGGUGCAACCAAGUGGACCCAAAUCUCAGAUUCAACCACAAGAAACCCAAGAUAACAUCAUGAAGGAUGACGUUAAGAUUGUAGUAGAGAGCAGCCCUACCACAGAGGUCCCCAAAUCUGAUGAAGACAAGCUAUAUGUAAAGGAUGUCAAAGACAUACAAGGUAAAGAGCAGGACCUAAGGGGACAGGAUAUUAUGCGGAUCUCACCAGAGUCUUAUAGUUCUGCAGAGGAAGAACUAAGGGCAAUCCAGAAAGCAAGUGAGGUGGCUACAAAGACUGCACCCACUGAGAAGUUGACAACUCAUACACCUGACACUAAAAAGCAAUUAGACUCCAUAGAAGAUAGUAGUGAGAGUGAGCCUUCGCCCCUAUUGCAGAGGAAGAAAGUCAGUUCUGUAUCCUCUAACAGUGAAGACUACAAAGUAGAAAGUCCUGAGUCAAUGGAUGAUGAGGAAUUUAUUCGUAGGCAGCUCAUGGAAAUGGGUGCAGAUGUGGACUUAUCACCAUCUGAAGAAGAUAGCAGUGCAAAGAAAGAAAUCCCUCUAGACACAGCUGAGGCUGCCACAGAGAAGCCAAAACGUGUCUUGAAAAAACUUAGUGUUGAACUUGAUGUCAGUCCAGAUCACAGCCAAUCAUCAGACGAUCUUGAUUCUGACAAAAUCCAUAUUGUCCCCCUUUCUCAAACAGUCAGCAAAGAGGAUAUGGAUGUCUCUAAUGAAGCUGCAAAGCAUACUAAGACCAUUGACACAGCUGCUGCCAUGAUGGAGCACAGGGGUCCUCGGCGCCAAAGCACUGAAGACGCUGAUGCAUCAAUGGAGAGUCUGGUUGAUUCAAUCGAUGACCGGUCUAAAGGUGAUGGGUCAUCUAGCCUCCAUGCUUCUAGCUUUACACCAGGAACAGCAUCACCCACAUCUGUAUCAUCCCUUGAUGAGGACAGUGACAGCAGUCCAAGAAAUAGACGAAAAAGUGGAGAGGGCAAACACAAAAAGGCCAAGCAUCGACAGCAUGGCCAAGGACUUCCCACCAUUGAAGACUCCUCUGAAGAGGAUAUUCUUGGAGAGGGAGACCAGCUCAGAGAUCAGGAAAAACAGACUGACGUUGAUCAGCAGCUGAGCAAGAAGGUCCCCAGGAGAGAAAAGAUAAGGAUAAAGGUAAAUAAAGAAGAAUUGCUCAGGACAUCUGGAUCAGAACUCUCACCAAGCAUUGAAUCUGAAGCUGAAGAUGUUACCCCCAAGGAGACACCUCAAGUAAUAGAAAGAGAGUCCUCCUUGCCAUCUAUCUCUCCCUACAUUCCGUCUGCAGAGACAUUGCCAGAGAAACCUCUGAAGAGUGCAGAUCAAGCUUAUGAAGAAAUGAUGCAGAAAGCUAAAGCUAUGAAGUCCAAAAUGGAUGUCACACCACCUGCUGUUGAGUCUUUGUAUGGUGGUAUGUCAAUUGAAGACUAUGCAUAUGAGUCAUUAGUUGAAGGGCCAUCGCAUACUGAUCAGGAGUCCGAAGCAAGCAUGCUUGCAGUACAAGAGUCGAUGAAAAAACUCAGAACACCUGAGGAAGUGUAUGAGGAAAUGCUGAAAAAUGGAAAAUUAACACCAGAUGAACAGCUGUCCCAGCCAGAGAUAGCUCCAUCCACAGCAGCUGAGACUUGUUAUGUGACAAUUAUAGGUAGUGAUGGAAAGCCACACUUAGAGGUACAGCAAGAAUCAUUGACACCUGGAACAAGCCCUUCGCAGACAAGUCCAGUAUCUCCUGUAACAGAUUCACUGUCCUAUGAUUCACCUGAGGUAAUACUUAUUCCCUCAAGUGGAGAAGAGGAAGAGAUAAGAGAAGAAGUGCUGCCACCAGAUUCCACUUCAGUUCGAAGAUCUCUCUAUCCAAUUCCAGAUCUAAAGAUCAUUCAGUGCUCUUCUGGUGAGGAGGAACCUGAGGAAGGUGACAGUAGUAGUUAUGAACCUCAGAUUGCUGCCAGUGCAGAAAGUUCUGAAGCUGAAAUUGAACUUGAGAAACCAGUGGCAGUGGCAGUGGCUGUGCCAACAUCAGCGGAGGCAUCAGCAGAUACAGAGCCUAUCUCGGUUGUUUGUGAGGUUCCUCAAGCCAGACCUGGAUCAGUCAUCCCAGUACAAGACACAAUUCUGUCACCAGAGGUAUCACCCUCCUCCUCAUCUCCUGAUUCAAGUUUAUCAAUGACCACUGCAGUCUCGUCCUCACCAUUAUCUGACCAAACUCCAGUAUCUGCUCCUGUUUCUCCUGCUGUUGUUGAAACCCAGGCUCCAGUGAUUAUUCCAAUCCCAGACAUUGUCUCUGAACCAUGUGUCUCAGAUCAGAAAGAACCCUUACAUGCUGCAACCUCUUUUGCAGUAUCUAAGAAGGAAGUUCCAUCAACUUUUCCACCACAGGUUUCUGCACCAACUCCAACUGUAGCAGCUGCAGUCCCAGCUCCUGUCAAAGUUCCAGUUCCUGCCCCAGCUCCAACCAUAGUUUCAAAAGUACCUCCUGCCCCACCUCCCAAGCCAGUAAUAGUUUCCAGCCCAGAUAUAGUGUCUGCUCCAGCUCCAGUUUCAACACCAUCUUCUAUAUCCAAGCCAGCUGUAAAACCUAAGCCAGUUGUGCAGUUACCUCCAGCCCAAGCACCUCCAAGUGCAGUAACAGUGUCAGAUCAGACACGCCCACCUGUAUUACCUCUGACUCAAAGUCAGGCUGCUGUUCUGCCACCAUGUCCAGCCCCACCCCAGGUCACAGCUUCUGCUCAAAAGCCAGCAUCAUCAAUUCAAGCACCAAUCCCAGGUCCUGUCACUGUCCAAAUGCCAAAUCUUGAGUCAUCACCAACCUCAGCUCCAACUGAAGAACCUCUUCCUCACCCACCUUCUGCUCCAGUACCUCAGGUAGCACCUGCCCAAGCAGUUCAAUCAACAGCUGUUACUCCAUCACCAGUUCCUGUGCCAGUCCACAGAGCCGUAACAUCAACUGUGCCCGACCCAACUCAUGUAGUUGUACAGAUGCCAGAUUUGGUUUCUUCCUCAUCUCAAACUGCAGUUCCAACACCAGUCCCUACCACUGCUAUUGCCUCAGCAUCAACAUCAGCCCCAACUAUCCUGCCAGCCAAGGAGCAGAUUCCUGUUUCAGUGUCUGUUGCUGCUUCAGUGGCAACUCCACCAGCACCUGCAUCAGCUGCUGCUACAGCAGUAGUGCCGGAACCAGUCACUGCUCCACCUGCAGCUGUAGCAGUUCCUACUGCCCCUCCUCGCCCUCCUCCUCCCUCUCUGCCUACAACACAACCACCUGCCUCAGUUUUAAUCCAAAUGCCAGCCCACAGCCCAUCUGCAGAGGAAUUAAAUGCAGCUAUCCCAAUAGCUCAAAGACCGUCACAACCCCCUCCACCCCCAUUACCUUCUACUGUCUCACAACCCCAGACCCCCACAGUGGCUGUGGCUCCAACAGUUAUUCCAGCUGCACUUCCAGCAGCUGCCCCAGUUGUGUCUCCAACUAUAACUACUACAGUAGCCUUUGGAACACACCCACUGCAGUCUGUGGUAGUGGACAUACAAUCAGGAAUCCAAGGUAUGCAACCACAGCAAGAGGCUAGAACAAUUGCACUCUCUCCCACAUCUGCAUCUCCACAGAUUUUGCCCACUGUCCAGACUAGACAAGGGCAUGUGGUCAUCAUUGUGCCCCGUGGUGCUUCAUUUGAGAACAUAUCAGUGAUCAAUCAGUCUGCACAGGAGAUUGUGGCAAAUUCAAUUGCAUUAGCAGCUGCUGGCCCUGGUGAGGAAGUCACUGCUCAGAUACCUACCACUUGUAUUCCAUCUGCUCCAGCUCAGCCAUCUGCUCAAGCUCCAGUCACUACUGCUGUGCUGUCCACACCCUCAACAUCAGUACAAGUGUCUGCUCCACCAGUAGCUCCCAAGCCAUUGAACACAGUGAAUACUGUCUCUCAGGGCAAAGAAGGGGUUUCAGAGCCACCACUGACUCCUUCAGUACAACCUGUCUCAGCAGCAGCAUGGAUCAAGGCACCGCCUGCUUCUGUCAUAGUUGAUACUCCAUCAGAACCCCCUGUAGUGAAACAAACAGUCACUCCUACUCCUAAACCCAUUGUACCACCCCCAGUUCCUCCCAAGCCAACCUGCAUUCCAGCAGGGUUAAAGUUCACUCACAGGCCAGGGGAAAUUGUCCGCCCUCCACUGUCUCCUCAGCCUGUUCCUGUUCAAAGGGUUCUGCCUGAUCUACCUAAAGCUGCCACAUUACCAAGAACCAGAGAACCACCUAAUGCACUGUCAUUUAGUCUGACAACCCCUGUCCAGUCUAAGUUCAGUGCAACGUCUCCUAAGUCUCCUUUGUCACCCAGGUUUGCAAGAUGCCUGGAGACUUAUGUGGUGAUAACUUUGCCAUCGGAGCCAGGAUCACCUGUUGAAGGGAUAACCACUCAGGCCCCAUUGCGGCGCGGAUCUCUUCCAUUCUCAAGUCUAACAGGGUCAGUUUCAGCAGCACCACUGCCAAAACCAAAACCACAGCAGGUCCCCUUCCCUCCUGCACCAGUGCCCCAAACAGAACAGAUUAUGGCUACAUCCAUAGAUGUACAAGUACCAAAACGUGAGGUAAUGGUUGUAUCAGCUCCACCUCCACCACCAAGACCUGUAGACACAGUUGUGGCAGUACCGCCUCCACCAGUGGCAGUACAAAUGGAAUCAGUGGCAGGAAUAGCUACAACACAACAAGCAGACCCAAGAGUGUGCAUAAUAGCCACACCAACACAAGCAGAACUAACACACAUAUUUGUACCUGCUGAACCAGUAACCAUAGAAAUGGAGCAGUUGGUGGCAGCUCCACCUGCAUCACAGCCCCAACCUGAAGAAGCUGUUCCACUUUUGGCAGAUAUGGCUGCUCAGCCUCAACCAAUGCCCUCUUUGGCAUCGGAGCCUGCAAUACCACCACCAGUACCGAUGGUACCUGUGGCUGCUCAAUCUCAGUUGCAACCAACUGAAAUUGCUUCUGAUACAAUACUGAGGCAACAACCACAACAAACAGCUGCAUUUGUUACUACCCAGGCCAUAUUGCAGGAACAGCCUGUGGCCUUUGUGCCUGUGGAAGCUACAUCCAUCCCACAGCAAAAUCAACCUCUGGCUGCUCCACUUGUAGCACAACAAAUGAUGCCUGUGGGUGUUCAGCCUGUAUCACCACAACCAGUUCCCCCUGUGUUUGCUCAGACUAUAUCACCACAGCCAGUCCCACCUGUAUUAACACAGCCAGUUCCACCUGCAGCUAUUCAGUCCAUCUCACCACAGCCAGUUUUACCUGUAGCUGUUCAACCUAUAUCACCACAACCAGUUUCACCUGUGGUUGUGCAGACUAUAUCACCACAGCCAGUUCCACAUGCAGUUAUUCAGCCUAUAUCACCACAACCAGUUGUACCUGUGGCUGUUCAACCGAUAUCACCACAACCAGUUGUACCUGUGGCUGUUCAGCCGAUAUCACCACAACCAGUUGUACCGGUGGCUGUUCAACCGAUAUCACAACAGCCAGUUGUACCUGUGGCUGUUCAGCCUGUAGCAGAAAAACAAAUCACGUAUGUGGCUGUCGAGCCCGUAUCAUAUCAACAACCAAUGUCAGCUCUUCAGUCUGUGCCACCACAACCAGUAGACACUAUCCCAGCUCAGCUUAUAUCACAACAACAUGCAGUAGCAACUUUAGUUGCUCAACCCAUAACACAAGAGCUGAUGGGACAUGUCGCUGCUCAGCCAAUGGUACAGCAACAACCAACUGAACCUGUGGCCAUUCCACCUUUUACUCAAGAACAAUUGAUCACAUUUGUUGAUGGUCAACCUGUAUUGCAGCAACAACAACAACCUGAAACACUUCUACCAAUGCAACAAAGACCUCUACACACAGCUACAGUUCUUCCCCCAUCACAACAAGAGCAACCAAAUGCCUACCCAGCCCAAGUUCCAUUCCAAUAUGCAACCAUGGGACAGAGUGAAACUGUUCCUCCUGGUGCAUUUCAUCAAUUUGCACCACCAGCAGAAGAUCAAGAGCCACUCAUGCCAGAACCACCUACUGCUCCUGUGGCACCAGUUACAUAUACUCAAUUCACACAAUCAAUAGCAAGUGAAGAAAUAAUAGGGCCAGAAAAAGUUGUUUCAAGUGUAAGUCAAGUGUACUCUGCAAUUUCAACUACAGAGCAGCAGCCUGAAACAAUGCCCAAGGUAGUGACUCAAGUUGUUACAACUGAAGUGCAGAGAACAACUAUGGUUUCAGUUGUACAAGAAAUAAUGCCUGAAGAACCUGCCCCAGUAUCACCCAGUGCUAGUGUUGUUAUGGAACCAGAGACCUCUCCCAUCAAAGUCCAAUCAAAGCCAAAACAGAAUGGAAGGAUUCACUACCCAGGAGAUGUCAUUGAUCUUUGCACUUCAAAAGUCAGUGUCACCAUGACUGACAAAGGCAUGGACUUGACAGCUCCUGAAUCCAGCCGGCAGUCUUUCUCAAGUGAUUCCAGUGGGCGGCAUUCAACAGCUGUUCAGCCAGAGGUGGUAAAUCUGAGUGCAGAGAUUACACCAGCUACAACGCUCUCUGUUGUAACGGAUAGCAUCACAAUAGUCACUUGCUCCGCCACCAUUGCUUCGUAUAACAACACUACUGAAAAACCACUGGAUUUGGGCAAUGCUACCUCUAUGCCUCUUCCACUCACAACCUACACACCAUGCAAACCUGUUGCACAGAUAGUAUAUAGACCAGUAAAUUCCCAUCCUAAAGUCACAACAAGCAUGGAAAUUCCUGUUAAUCUAUCCUAUGGGACUGUAGAGAGCAUGUCAAGUGCAACCACACCUGUAACAAUUGCACCUGGGGGCAUAAUGAGUGACUCUACUGGUGUUCCACCCCUUAUUCCAGCUCACACAGAGGCAUACGCUUCAGCCGUUGAUCUUACCACAUCCAAGCCUGUUAUGGUGGCUCUGACCACCUCUUCAGGUGUGGUGACCACAAUAGUGGAGGAUGAUGGGACCCCUGUGGAUCUCACAGCAGGCCGAAGGGCUAUCUGCUGUGAUGUCAUCUACAAACUUCCUUUCACAGGGAGUUGCAGAACACAGCAACCCGCCACCACAAUGCCUGACAAUCGGUUUGGCUACAGAGAUGAUCAUUACCAGUAUGGCACUGCUACAACCCUUGGCAUCACAGACCUUAGUAACAUGAAAAGCUCAGUUUCAGAUAACAAUUUCUCUGAGGCUGGACUCUUCUACCACGAAGGUAAAAAUGGAUUAGGUUACCACAAUGGAGCUUCAGACGGUGCCAUAGACUUGACUUCAGCAAAAAUGUCUACUGCAGAUGAAGCUUUGGACUACUCAAGCAAAGGCACCAGAGCGAUUACCAUCAUCACCACUGCACAUCAGAGUGUGCUAAGGUCAACAAAUGGAAUUGUUUAUUCAUCUAUUGCUGAGCCCAUUCCAUCCACUUAUGCAAUAACCACUCAGCCAGGGUCAAUAUUCACUUCAACAUACAAUGAUUUGGUCGAAUUACAACCAAGUAGCACUAUAGAGGCAUUCUCAACUUUACAAAAUGUCCCUACCCCUUAUGGGUUCAUACCAGUAACAGCUGCUGGUCAGAUCAUUUCACAUGAGACUGGACUUUCCAAAGAGAUUUUGCCUGCAGUCCUUGCCAACCUUUUCCCAGGUAUGGCACCAUACCCUGAAAUAUAUUCUGAUGCAACCCUUGAAGCCAUAGCAGCCUCACUGGACACUUUGCUCUCCCCGAACUUCCCUGGUUUUGAUGAUGGCAAGGAUCAACAGUAUUAUGCUGAGCGUGAGUUCCUUGAGUUGGAGAAGUUGAAGCAGUUAUGCCUUGCUGAAGAGCUUGAGUGGGAAAGGCAAGAAAUCCAGAGGUUCCGGGAGCAGGAGCAGAUGAUUGUCCAGAAGGAGAUUGAAGAGUUGCAGAACAUGAAGCAUCAGUUGCUGUUACAGCAGGAAGAGGAGCGUCAAGCCCACUUGAUCCUGCAACAGGAGACUUUCGCCCAGCAGCAAGUGCAGCUUGAGCAGAUCCAACAACUUCAGCAGCAGCUGCAACAACAACUGGAUGAACAGAAAAUAUACCCAUAUGGCCGAGACACACUGGAAGGCAGGUCCCCUCCAAUCAAUACAGACACACGUUUCCUGCACCAGCAAUAUAUUGGCAGAGGUGAUGGCCAGUAUUGGCCUGUUAAGGAUGACACUUCAACGCCCUCCUUAGUACCUGGUCAGGACCAACAGAUCUUGGGCACUGCUCCCACUGAAGGCAUUCCUGAAUCAGCAAGAGUUAUUAAAGAUGCUAAAACCGACUCCGCACUUGCAGUGAGUGGCAAGAAGAUUGUUGACAGUGGUGUGCAGACUGAUGAUGAAGAUUGUAAUGAAAAGCCAUAUCCUGGCAGGAGAAGAAGGAAUAGGAGAAGUGUGGACAGUUGCGUUCAGACUGACGAUGAAGACCAGGAUGAAUGGGACACUCCCAUCAGAAGCAGGCGGAAGUCUCGAUCGAGUAAAUAUGGAGAUUCUGAGAAAUGCAAGUCUUCUAAGGUCUCUAGCAUUGCCAUACAGACAGUAGCUGAGAUAUCAGUUCAGACAGAUCAUUCUGGAACCAUUAGGCGUUCACCUGUGCGAGCACACCUCGACACCAAGAUUGAUUUCCCUGGGACUGGAAGACAGCUCAGAGGAGAAGAGUCUGACUCUGAUGAAUCAUCAUCGCACACGGGUCCCAUAGAGAUUGGUAUAACCACCCAUCUCAAAGCAGAUGGCACUGGCUCCACUCCAAAGUCCCCAAAAGUUCUGUAUUCUCCCGUCUCACCUAUGUCUCCAAAUAAGUCCAUAGAGUAUAGCAAGUCAGGCAAAGGUGGACAGAAGAUGCUCACUGUUGAACAUUCAAGGCACUCCCCAGGCAGUCCUAGAUCACUAAAGCCUUCACAAAGAUCCCUGUCUGACAAGUCUCUAAGCCCAACUACUGAAGACAGAAUGACAUCCACCUACCAUUACUCUGAGAACUAUGCGAGCAAAGGUUCACAGAGUGGCACACCUUAUGGUUCUCAGAAAAAAGUCAAGCGUACCCUGCCACACCCUCCACCAGAGGAAGAUAACAUUGUUGGACCAUCUGGGUAUAGCACUGGCUCAGCUCGAAGAAGGAUGUGUAGGAAUACCACUAUGGCUCGUGCCAAAAUCCUGCAGGACAUCGACAAGGAGCUUGACCUGGUGGAGAGGGAAUCCUCCAAGCUCCGCAAGAAACAGGCAGAACUUGAUGAGGAAGAGAAAGAAAUUGAUGCCAAAUUGAGGUACCUAGAGAUGGGCAUCAAUCGUAGGAAAGAUGCUUUGUUAAAAGAGAGGGAGAAGAGAGAAAGGGCUUAUUUGCAAGGGGUGGCAGAGGAAAGAGACUACAUGUCAGAUAGCGAGGUCAGCAAUAUCAGGGAGGCGAGGCGUAAUGGCCGGGGGCUUGAAAGACCACGAACUGCUCCACAAUCCGAAUUCAACCAGUUCAUCCCAGCACAGACUGACAACGAGUCCCAAUAUGGAGAAUACUAUCAGUAUGCCCCUCAGACCCAAGCAGACAGCCAUUACCCCCAGCAAACGCUGUACCAGCAGCAGUCUGUCUACCAUCAGCAGGUGUCCCCCUAUCAGACCCAGUCUGUGUACUCCUCAGUGCCGAGCCUUCAGCAGUCCCAGCAGACAGGCUACCAACAUGCCUCUCAGCUGAUGAUGAUGCAGCAAAAGCCAAGGCAGUCCGCCAUUUCAGAACUAGAGCCGAAGAUCACCACCAACUAUGAGGUGAUUCACAACCAGCCACUCCUGAUGGUCCCCUCCUCCACUGAAAGCACAUAUGGCGUUUCUCAGCUCGGGGGGAAGUACAGCAACCUAGACCUUAGGAUGGCCUUGGAGGAGAGGGGCAGCAUGGCCAGCAGCCCAAUGUCCAGUAUCUCAGCUGAGUCCUUCUACACAGACAUUGACCACCACAAUGCUAGGAACUAUGUUUUGAUUGAUGACAUUGGUGAGCUCACAAAGGGCUCUUCUGGACUCAGUUCCAGCUUCACCAUCCCAGAUAAAGACAUGACUAAGGCUGACCGCCUGCUCCGUGCAGCAGAGGUGCGGCGCACAGCAGAAGUGGCUGACUUCCUUGGCUCCGGGAGGCUCUCCUAUGGAAAGACUGAGGAGGACUCAAUGGAGGAGCCAUAUGAACUUAAACUUCUGAAGCAACAGAUUAAGCAAGAGUUCCGGCGGGGUACAGAGGGUCUGGAUCCCCUCACUGGCUUGCCACAUUACUUGCCAAGUGACAGCAGCUACAGACACUUCCCUAAGUCAGAGAAAUACAGCAUCAGCAGGCUCACCUUGGAGAAGCAGGCUGCUAAACAGCUCCCUGCCUCUGUCCUGUACCAGAAGCAGUUAAAGCAGAAAAAAGCAGCGCUAAUGGACCCAAAAAUUACAAAGUUUUCCCCCAUUCAGGAAAGCAGGGAUCUUGAACCAGACUACAGUCAUUUUUUAGCAUCAACCGGGUCCUCGGUGGGUGGGCUGGCCACCAGGGCUCGGCUUCUUCAAGACGAAAUUACCUUUGGGUUGAGGAAGAACGUAGCAGAGCAACAGAAAUAUCUGGGCUCUACUUUAGGAGCUAACCUGGCGCAGUCUUUAAACUUGGGACAGUCUCUCAACCUCAGCCCAGGGUUGAGAUCAUCAUUACAAGAUGACGGCACCUACCCUAGUGGUACUCGCUCUAGACCUUCGUCCCGGCCAUCCUCUGUGUACGGACUUGACCUUUCCAUAAAAAGAGACCUGUCCAGUUCCUCACUUAGGUUAAAGAGUGAAGGUGAGGGUAUGGACACAUCAUUUGGUUCAGCCAGAGCCAAACCAACCAGCCUUCCCAUCAGCCAGAGCAGAGGACGCAUCCCAAUAGUGGCCCAGAACUCUGAGGAAGAGAGCCCAUUGAGUCCAGUCGGUCAGCCCAUGGGUAUGGCUCGAGCAUCAGCCGGCCCACUCCCCCCAAUUUCGGCUGACUCUCGGGACCAGUUUGGCUCAAGCCACUCCCUCCCUGAGGUCCAGCAGCAUAUGCGGGAGGAGUCCAGGACCCGCGGGUACGACCGCGACAUAGCCUUCAUCAUGGAUGACCUGCAGGGUGCCAUGUCUGACAGUGAAGCACUAAGUGACCCCCUGCUGAUAUUGAGCAGAGAUGAUCCCACACUCUUUCAUGAGUAUCUUUCGAGUAUCACACACGGAGUUCCUAGCUGGAAUAUAGAAGCUUACCACCUAAGGCAAGAGGAGAGCGACUGGUUUGAUAAACCACGCAUUGGACGUCCUGGCCAAAAGAAUGGUCAACAGCUGGAUAGUAGACAGAUGAAAUCAAUGCAUUACCCAUUUCCCCACACUCGUCUAAAACUUCAGAGGGACCCUAAAGAUAACAGUGUGUCGGGAAAUGGAUUGGGAAUUCGAGUGGUUGGUGGCAAGGAGAUCCCUGGGGCGAACGGGGAUAUCGGUGCAUAUAUUGCCAAAGUCACCCCUGGUGGACAUGCUGAACAGUCAGGGAAAGUGGUGGAAGGAAUGCAGGUCCUGGAGUGGAAUGGAAUUGCCCUGACCGGCAAGACCUAUGAGGAGGUGCAAACCAUCGUGGGUCCACAGAGUGGGGAGACUGAAUUAUGUGUGCGACUGGACCUGAAUAUGCUCGCUGACUCUGAGCAUCCACAACACCUGGAGCUCCACACACAGAUGAAGGCUGGGGACAGGCAGCGCUCCCCCGGCGUGGACCCCAAGCAGCUGGCUGCAGAGCUGCAGAAGGUGUCCCAACAGCAGGCCCCCGGUACUGUGCUGGCCGCCCACAUCCACUCUGGCACCGCCUCAGCCACGUCCAGUGCUGUGCCCAGCCCAGGCCAACCUGGCUCCCCCUCCGUCAACAAAAAACGGCACGGCAGCAAGUCCACAGAAGCUCUGAAGCCUCAGCCUCACCCUAUCACUGGUGAAAUCCAGCUUCAAAUCAAUUAUGACAAAAAUAUGGGUAAUCUAAUCGUCCAUGUCCUGCAAGCGAGAAACCUUGCUCCCAGGGACAACAACGGCUAUUCAGACCCCUUCGUUAAAGUCUACCUCCUUCCAGGGAGAGGCCAAGUCAUGGUUGUCCAGAAUGCAAGUGCUGAGAACAAGCGCAGAACCAAAAGUGUGCAGAAGAGCCAGAAUCCGGAGUGGAACCAAACUGUCAUAUACAAGAACAUCCACCUGGAACAGCUUAAAAGGAAAACCCUGGAAGUGACGGUUUGGGAUUACGACAGAUAUUCCUCAAAUGACUUCCUUGGAGAAGUGCUGAUUGACCUCUCCAACACAGCUCAGCUGGACAACACACCUCGCUGGCUCCCCCUAAAGGAGCAAAGCGAGAGCAUCCAACACGGCAGAGCCCAUCCCCCACAGGGCCCCGGCGGGCCAGGCGGACAGGGAGGACCGGGGUCUGGGGGUCAAGGUGGGCCAGGGGGAUCUGGAGGUCCCGGAGGUACCGGUGGACCGGGCAGCCAGCAGUCCCCUAAAACCUCAGUCAUCAAGAGUCGGAGUCAUGGCAUCUUCCCUGACCCAGCUAAAGAUUCACAGAUGCCCACGAUGGAGAAAUCUCACAGCAGCCCCGGCAGCUCCAAGUCCUCCUCGGAGGGGCACCUGCGUUCCCAUGGACCCUCGCGCAGCCAGAGCAAGAGCAGCGUCACACAGGCACACCUCGAGGAGGCGGGGAACGCUAUCGCUGCUGCCGAGGCUGCCGUGCAGCAAGCGCGCCUCCAACCAAACAGGACAAAUCACAGAAUAACAGAAAACUCUACUAUGCCUGGUCUGAGCGAUGAUUACCGGCUGGAUGCAGAAGAUGGCACAGGAACCAAUGCAGUGGACAGUGCCAUCUUUCAGGUCCCACAGCUGAAGAACAUCCCAAAUGGCAUAGAUAAGAAUGGAACUGACACUUUGACAUCAGAGGGUAAAACUCAGGUAAUGGGGGAGAUCAGAGUAGCUCUGAAGAAGGAGAUGAAGACUGAGGGAGAACAGCUGGUGCUGGAGAUCCUUCAGUGCAGGAACAUCACAUACAAGUUCAAGUCACCUGAUCAUCUACCAGACCUGUAUGUAAAACUGUAUGUAGUGAAUGUGGCUACACAGAAGCGCAUCAUUAAGAAGAAGACCCGAGUGUGUCGGCACGACCGGGAGCCCUCCUUCAACGAAACAUUCCGCUUCAGCCUCAACCCUGCUGGCCACUCCAUCCAGCUUUUCCUUGUGUCCAACGGUGGGAAGUUCAUGAAGAAGACUCUUAUUGGUGAGGCCUACAUCUGGCUGGACAAGGUGGACAUGCGCAAGCGGGCUGUCAGCUGGCACAAACUGCUGGUCAGCUCCCAGACGCAGCCGUGAUGGAGCAGCGCAACCCCCC